AUGUCGCGCACAGCAAACAAGGCUUUCUCCUCACAGAACGAGGCCUUCAUCAAACAGGGGUGGUACCCCUCACCGACCACUGGCGGCGCGGUCGACCUCUCCUCCUUGGUCUCGGCCGCCAAGCACCUCGUAACGUCCUACGACGAGGCCGCGACCGAACAGCUCCUGUCCGUCGUGACAUGCUCUCCCAACCCAAACAAACCCACCACCCUCACAGUGACGGCCGAGACCUCGUCUGCCGCCGCGGAACGUCUACACGCCGAAGGGGCACCGCGUAUCGCCGUCCUCAAUUUCGCGAGUGCGCGCAACCCUGGAGGAGGGUACAUGAACGGCGCGACGGCGCAGGAGGAGGAUAUCUGCCGCAGCUCGGCGCUCUACACGACCCUACUCAAAGCACCCGACUUUUAUGCCGCCCACCAGCACCUGGAUGGCCGCUACACCCACCGUAUGAUUUACUCGCCGUCCGUGCCCAUGUUCCGCACCUCGAAGGGAGACCUCCUCCCAUUCCCUUACACGGUCGAUUUUAUCACUUCCGCCGCACCGAAUUAUGGAGCGCUCGAGAAUAAACACCCACAUCGCCUGCACCAUGUUCCCCGACUGCUGAGAGAGCGCGCGGCUCGUAUCUUGGCUCUGUGUGCUUACCAUGGCGCACAGACGCUCGUGCUCGGCGCUUGGGGGUGCGGCGUGUUUCGUAACUCGCCAGCCGAGGUUGCCAAGGUAUUCCACGACCUCCUCAAGCCUGGUGGCGCGUUUCAUGGACGCUUCAACGACGUCGUGUUCGCAAUCUACGACAGGUCGCGCACCCAGGAGGUCAUGGGUCCUUUCAUGGCCGAGUUCACAGGUACCACACCUCCUCACACGCCCAGACGCAGUCACGCAAGUCCAAAGCGCUCAGCAGACAACGGUUCUGCGCGCCGGUCCUCGAGAGACAUUGGCCCGCCGGGCUCCGGUUCCGACCGCAGAGAAGCCAGACCCAGCCAUGACAAGCCCGCGCCUGCAGACGGACAGGCUAGAAUCACGUCGUUCUUCCAGCCCAAGCGGCGUGACGGGUAG